AUGGGCUGGCGGGGCGCAGCCCCCGGAAACGGCCACACAGUCCGGGGCUGCGAGUGCUGCAGGGAACUGUGAGGUGGCGCAGAGAAAACCAUGGCUGAGCAGGUGGCCCUGAGCCGGACCCAGGUGUGCGGAAUCCUCCGGGAAGAGCUGUACCAGGGCGAUGCCUUCCACCAGUCUGAUACCCACAUUUUCAUCAUCAUGGGCGCCUCGGGCGACUUGGCAAAGAAGAAGAUCUACCCAACCAUCUGGUGGCUCUUCCGAGAUGGCCUCCUACCCGAAGACACCUUCAUUGUGGGCUAUGCCCGGUCUCACCUCACAGUGGCCGACAUCCGCAAGCAGAGUGAGCCUUUCUUCAAAGCCACCCCAGAGGAGAAGGCCAAGCUGGACGAGUUCUUUGCCCGCAACUCCUAUGUGGCUGGUCAGUACGACCAGCCGGCCUCGUAUGAGCGCCUCAACAGUCACAUGAACGCCCUGCACCACGGCUCCCAGGCCAAUCGUCUCUUCUACCUGGCCCUGCCCCCCACUGUCUACGAGGCUGUCACCAAGAACAUCAGGGAGACCUGCAUGAGCCCCACUGGCUGGAGCCGCAUCAUCGUGGAGAAACCCUUUGGUAAGGACCUGCAGAGCUCCGACCGUCUGUCCAACCAUAUCGCCUCCUUGUUCCGUGAGGACCAGAUCUACCGCAUCGACCACUACCUGGGCAAGGAGAUGGUCCAGAACCUCAUGGUUCUGAGGUUUGCCAACAGGAUCUUUGGCCCCAUCUGGAACCGGGACAACAUCGCGUGUGUGAUCCUCACCUUCAAGGAACCCUUUGGCACCGAGGGCCGGGGCGGCUAUUUUGAUGAGUUUGGAAUCAUCCGGGAUGUGAUGCAGAACCAUCUCCUGCAGAUGCUGUGUCUGGUGGCCAUGGAGAAGCCUGCCUCCACCGACUCAGACGACGUCCGAGAUGAGAAGGUCAAGGUCUUGAAGUGCAUCUCGGGAGUGAAGAGCGAUGACGUGGUCCUGGGCCAGUACGUGGGCAACCCCAGCGGGGAGGGUGAAGCGACAAAGGGCUAUCUGGAUGACCCCACAGUGCCUCAUGGCUCCACCACGGCAACCUUCGCUGCUGUCGUCCUUUAUGUCGAGAACGAGCGGUGGGACGGCGUCCCCUUCAUCCUGCGCUGCGGCAAGGCCCUGAAUGAGCGCAAGGCGGAGGUGCGGCUGCAGUUCCGCGACGUGGCCGGCGACAUCUUCCACCAGCAGUGCAAGCGGAACGAGCUGGUGAUCCGCGUGCAACCCAAUGAGGCCGUGUACACCAAGAUGAUGACCAAGAAACCUGGCAUGUUCUUCAACCCGGAGGAGUCCGAGCUCGACCUGACCUACGGCAACAGAUACAAGAACGUGAAGCUCCCUGAUGCCUAUGAGCGUCUCAUCCUGGAUGUCUUCUGUGGGAGCCAGAUGCACUUUGUACGCAGUGACGAGCUGCGCGAGGCCUGGCGGAUCUUCACACCGCUCCUGCACAGGAUCGAGCGCGAAAAGGCCCAGCCUGUCCCCUAUGUUUACGGCAGCCGAGGUCCUGUGGAGGCAGACGAGCUGAUGAAGAGAGUGGGCUUCCAGUAUGAAGGCACCUACAAGUGGGUGAACCCCCACAAGCUCUGA